AUGAUCAUAUCGUUACCGCUCUAUCCAACUCAACCAUUCACUUCUACUCGAGCUCAGCGGGUGAAAUUGGACAUUUCGACCUCUAUGCAAUCCCAGCACUCAUCAUCUCUAGGGCAGCUCAAAUCCCCCGGAUUCGCUCACUGCCAGCUCCCACCCAACCUGGCACCAAACUCCAAACUCAGUUUCGACAGGUUGAAGCGAUGGCUUGGUGAGUGCCACUCUAAGCACACUAGGUGCAGAUCAUUUCAGAUCGAAUACAUGCCCAAGAGAUUGUUAGAAGUGACUGGGAGCAUUGAGCGACCGAGUAUACGGUUAUGCACAAACCUCCCCGUUGGUCCGUACGUGACACUCAGUUACUGUUGGGGCCGAGACCAACUUUCGAAAACAACGAGAGAACGCUUAGAACGAUACAGGCGUGAUAUUCCAUUUCACGAGCUUUCCAAGACAGUCCAGGAUGCAGCGACGGUCACAUUAGGUGUCGGCCUGAAGUAUCUAUGGGUCGACGCUCUGUGCAUAAUCCAGGACGACGAUCAGGAUAAGCAAGAGGAGAUUUCUAAGAUGCACUUGGUGUACCGGGGGGCGUUCUUCACCGUUGCUGCGUCUAGCGCCGCGUCAAGCUACGACGGGUUUCUACAUCCUCGAGUUCGAUAUCAACCUAUAAAAGCCGCCGCGAGGACGGACGACAAUGUCUUUACGGAAGUGCUGCUCUCGCCCGAAUACGGAGGGUUUGUGUCCUCAGACCCACUGUUCCUCCGCGGUUGGACAUUCCAAGAGACCCAUCUUUCGACCCGUAUUGCGGCGUACGGCCAGCGGGAGAUGAUUUUCUGCUGCCUCGAGGACACGCAUAGCGACGGGGGUGCAGAUAGGCCGGUCGCCACACAGGCCUUUUCCGGCGCCUUGGACCCCGGGAACCUCAGGUUUGGUUCGUUGGAUCACCCGUACAGUUGGGCGCAUAUCAUCAGUCAAUACUCUCGCAGGAGCCUGUCAGUAGAGUCCGAUAAGCUCCCAGGGAUCGGAGCGCUUGCUGAAGAAUAUUCGCUCACGAAGACCGUUACGGAUUACCUUGCCGGCAUCUGGAGAGAGGGGUUUCUCCUCCAUUGCCUGUGGAAGGUAGCGCCGUUUCGCGUCAGGCGGCCACCGACGUACGUUGCGCCGUCAUGGUCAUGGGCUUCCGUGAUAGGGUCCAUCGGCUAUCCCUGGGAAGGACUCUUGCCUUCCAAUAUAGAGAUUCCUUGUGUACUCUUGGACGCUAGGACCACGCUGAGUUCUUCCUACCGGUUCGGAAUGGUGACGGGAGGCUUCAUGAGCAUCCGAGCUAGAACACGGGGACUUGUUUGGUGGAAACUCGACUCUGACAGAAUUGGUCGCAUCCCUUAUGGUCGAGCAGCAGCCCUCGCUGCGUUCAAAACGACGGAUGUACUAAGCGGAGACGCUCAGAUCAGGUGCGAAGUGGACAUCCCUAGGGAAUGGCCUGCCAAUACAUACAUACCGUUGGUAGGCGUGGAAAUCUGCACUGUCAUGAAUAUGGACCAUAUCAAAGCGUAUGGUCUUGUGCUUGAGCGCGUCGACUCUGACUCGUAUCGUCGGGUUGGGUGGCUAACUGUGUAUGACGUAGAGGGUCGCGAGUACUGGUUCGACGAUGAACUCGGACUCGCUCUGUGGCAGGACAUACUGGUCAAGUAA